UCCAGGAGUGAAGAGCCUGUACAAUCCAAUAUGGACAUCUCAACUGGACACAUUGUCUUGUCUUACAUGGAAGAUCACCUGAAUAACCAAGACCGUCUGGAUCAAGAAUGGGAAGCCUUGAGUCAGUAUGAGGCUGAACCCAGCUCCACCAAGAUUGCUACCGAUGCUUCUAACAUGCGUAAAAAUCGCUAUGGAGACGUCCUGCCCUACGACCAUUCUAGAGUAGUGUUGAAUUCUGCUGCCAAUGUUUCUAGUUCUGACUAUAUCAAUGCCAACUUCAUUACUGACCAUGAUCCAAGGAACCCAGCUUUCAUUGUUGGUCAAGCUCCUCUACCACAUACUGUUGCCGACUUCUGGCAGAUGGUUUGGGAACAAGGUAGUGUGGUGAUUGUCAUGUUAACCAAACUCACUGAAAACGGAACUGCUAUGUGUCAUCGUUACUGGCCAGAAGAAGGAAGCGAUCUGUAUCAUAUAUAUGAGGUUCAUCUGGUCUCGGAACAUAUCUGGUGUGAUGACUAUCUGGUACGCAGUUUCUACUUGAAGAAUCUCCAAACAAAUGAGACCCGAACUGUAACUCAGUUCCAUUUCCUAACCUGGCCAAAUCUUGGUGUUCCUGGCUCAAUCAAGGCUUUACUGGACUUCAGAAGAAAAGUGAACAAGUCGUACCGUGGAAGAUCUUGUCCAAUUGCAGUACACUGCAGUGAUGGUUGUGACAGAUCGGGAACCUACAUUCUGAUUGACAUGGUUCUUAAUCGUAUGGCUAAAGGAGCCAAAGAAAUAGAUAUGGCUGCCACCUUGGAACAUAUCCGAGACCAGAGAAUGGCCAUGGUGAAAUCUAAGGAGCAGUUCCAGUUUGCCCUUGCCUGCGUGGCUGAGGAGGUUCAUGCCAUCUUGAAGGCACUGCCACAAUGA